AUGUCUGGCGCUGAGAACACCGAACCCAAGGUCGAGGAGACCAAGCCCGCCGAGACCACCGAGGUUACCGGUUCCGCUUCCGCCCCCGCCCCUGCUGCCGCCGAUGAGAAGCCUGUGACCUCUUCGGCCGUGUUCUCCAUGUUUGGAGGCGGCGCCAAGAAGGAGAAGAAGGAGGAGGAUGAGGACCGUGGUGAUAACUCUGGCAGCGCCAAGGCCCAGCGUGACGCCGCGAAGGCUGAGGGUGGUGAGGAGGAGGCUCCCGAGAGCGAGGACGUCCACUUCGAGCCCGUCAUCAAGCUCACCGAAAAGGUCGAGACCAAGACUAACGAGGAGUCCGAGGAGCAGCUCUUCAAGAUGCGCGCAAAGCUGUUCAAGUUCUCCAAGGAGUCUAGCGAGUGGAAGGAGCGCGGAACUGGUGAUGUCCGCCUUCUCAAGCACAAAGAGAACGGCAAGACCAGACUGGUUAUGCGACGUGACAAGACCCUCAAGGUCUGCGCUAACCACUACAUUGUGCCCGAGAUGAAACUUUCCCCCAAUGUUGGCUCUGACCGCAGCUGGGUGUGGAAUGCCGCCGCCGAUGUCAGUGAAGGCGAGCCCGAGGCUUGCACCCUGGCCAUUCGCUUUGCCAACUCUGAGAAUGCCAACCUCUUCAAGGAUGCUUUCUUGAAGGCGCAGAAGGAAAACGAGGUGAUCUUUGGCAAAGAGGGAGGUGAGGCCAACAAGCCUGAAUAG